AUGCAUUAUCAGAAAAACAAGAAAGGAAACUCAAUUGCAGAAUCCAACUCUAGUGGUGAUAGCACUGCAUUAUCAAACUAUGACCAACAAGAUGUUGCCAAGGUGGAAUCUUACAUUGACAAUAAAGCUGUAGCGCCAACUUAUAAUCCUAAAGACGACCCCAAUCAUCCGGUGAAUUGGCCAGAGAGAAAAAAGUAUCUCGCCUUGUUGGCAAUCUCCCUUGAUUCGUUUAUUGGCUACUUUACAUCGGCCAUCUACAUGCCUGCCGUUCAUGAUAUUAUGGUGUACUUUAAAACCAACCUCACAACCAUCAAUGCUACCAUUGCUCUUUAUUUGGCAUUUAAUGCUAUCGCUCCUCUUUUCUGGGCACCUUUGAGUGAACGUAUUGGCAGAAGAUGGAUCUACAGUGUAUCGCUUGUUCUCUACUGUGUGUGUUCCAUUGUGUGUGGUGUCUCUACAAACCUUGGCCUUUUCUUUGCCUUUAGAUUGUUACAAAGUAUCUUUGCAAGUGCUGGUCAAGCUGUCGGUGGCGGUAGCAUCUCUGAUAUGUUUGAGCCUCGUGAACGCGGAAGAACUAUGGGUCUUUAUAUGUUAGGUACAAUUCUUGGUCCUUCCAUUGCUCCUGUCUGUGGUGGUUUUAUCAACCAAAACUUGGGAUGGAGAUGGAUCUUUUACAUCAAGACCAUCAUUGGCGGUGCAUUUGCAAUCCUCAGUUUCCUCUUGAUCCCUGAAUCACUCUACGUUCCCGCUGACAAGCAAAUUGCCCCUCCUGCCAACCUCAAGGAAAGAUUAAGAAGACUCACAUUCAACCCUUUCACAAGUUUGCUUCUAUUGAAAAGAAAAGAAACUGCUGUCAUCUGUCUCCCUGUCAGUGUUGGAUUUGGCUGGUUCUACUACCUUGUCACCAUUCUUUCGCCUACCUUUGCUGAAAUCUACGGCUUUUCAUCUGGCACAAUCGGUCUCUGCUUCUUGGCUAGUGGUGUUGGUAAUAUUCUGGGUGCUGUCGGCUAUGGUAUCAUCUCAGACAAGAUUAACAAUUACUCCAUUCGAAAGAACGGUGGUGUAGCUGUCAAGGAGUUUCGUCUCAAGCCCAUCUACAUUAGUUUCCCAUUUAUGGUUGUUGGAGCUCUUAUUUACGGCUGGCUUCUUUACGCCAGAGUACACUUUAUGGGUCCUUUGAUUGGGUUUGGAUUAUUCUGUUUCGGCCUCAUGAUGAGUAUCUCUGCAACAAAUACCUACUUGGUGGAAGCUAAUACAUCAAGAGCUGCUUCUGCUGUCUCUCUCAAUAACUUUACCCGCAACAUGUGUGGUAUGAUCUUUUCACUAACUGGUGUCCAAAUUAGAGGAUCUCUUGGUGACGGAUGGUCAUAUACUUUUGCCUCCUUGAUGAUCUUGGUAGUAUUUUCUAUCUGUGUCCCUGUCGUCCAAAAGUUUGGUGGAAAGUGGAGACAAGAGAGAGAAGAAAGAGAAUUGCAACAGCAGCAACAAUUAUCACUGUAA